GCGGGCGGGUGGCCGGACCGCAGCCCAGGGCCCGGCGCGCUCGGCGGAGAGGCCCGGCCGGGUCUGCAUUUCCUCCUCUCCCCUCCCGGGCGGCCGGCUCUCCGCGGCAGUGUUCCGGGAGGAGAGCACACAGGUCUCCGCCCCGAGGACCGGGCGCCGGGAGCCUUCGGCGAGGAGCCCGCGGCGCCGGGCGCGGCAUGCCCGGGCCGGCCCCGCGCUGCUGAGCCGCGGCGCCCGGAGCGGGCUGGCGGCGGGAUGGAGCCCGCGACCGCGCCCCAGGCCGACAUGGCGCCGGAGCUGACCCCGGAGGAGGAGCAGGCCACCAAGCAGUUUCUUGAAGAGAUUAACAAGUGGACAGUUCAGUACAACGUUUCUCCUCUCUCUUGGAAUGUGGCUGUAAAGUUCCUCAUGGCUCGGAAGUUUGAUGUGCUCCGCGCCAUAGAGUUGUUCCACUCCUACAGGAGAGGAAGAGGGAGGGAUAGAGAGUUAGAAACAUCGAUGAGAGAGAAACAUCGAUCAGCUUCCUCUUGGACACCUCCUACUGCGGAUGUACCCACAAUCAAGGAAACAAGAAGGAAGGAAGGCAUUGUGAAUCUGAAACCUCAUGAAGAACCUCUCCGUUCUGAGAUUCUUAGUGGAAAAUUCACCAUCUUAGAUGUUCGGGACCCAACAGGAGCCUCCAUUGCCCUCUUCACUGCCAGAUUGCAUCAUCCACACAAAUCAGUGCAACAUGUGGUACUUCAGGCUCUGUUUUACUUGUUAGACAGAGCUGUAGAUAGCUUUGAAACACAGAGAAAUGGACUGGUGUUUAUCUAUGACAUGUGUGGUUCUAAUUAUACCAACUUUGAGCUGGAUCUUGGCAAGAAAGUCCUAAACCUGCUGAAGGGGGCAUUUCCAGCUCGUUUGAAGAAAGUGCUGAUUGUGGGAGCACCCAUAUGGUUCCGAGUGCCCUAUUCCAUCAUCAGCCUCCUCCUGAAGGACAAAGUCCGGGAGAGGAUUCAGAUAUUAAAGACAUCCGAGGUCACCCAGCACCUGCCCAGAGAGUGCCUUCCAGAAAACCUGGGUGGGUACGUCAAAAUGGACCUCGCCACUUGGAAUUUCCAAUUCCUACCCCAGAUGAAUGGCCACCCGGACCCCUUCGAUGAGAUCAUCUUGUUCUCCCUCCCUCCUGCUUUAGACUGGGACUCAGUGCAUGUUCCAGGUCCUCAUGCCAUGACCAUCCAAGAGCUGAUGAAUUAUGUUAGCACCAGGCAAAAGCGAGGAAUAUAUGAGGAGUAUGAAGACAUUCGUCGUGAGAACCCUGUUGGCACUUUCCACUGUUCCAUGUCUCCAGGAAACCUAGAGAAGAACCGCUAUGGGGAUGUACCCUGCCUGGACCAAACAAGAGUAAAACUGAUAAAACGAAGUGGCCAUACUCAGACAGAUUACAUCAAUGCCAGUUUCAUGGAUGGCUAUAAGCAGAAGAAUGCUUACAUUGGUACACAAGGCCCUUUAGAGAAUACUUACCGUGAUUUUUGGCUCAUGGUAUGGGAGCAAAAAGUCUUGGUGAUUGUCAUGACCACUCGCUUUGAGGAGGGCGGCAGGAGGAAGUGUGGUCAGUACUGGCCUUUAGAAAAAGACUCUCGGAUCCGAUUUGGCUUCCUCACAGUGACCAAUCUAGGCGUGGAGAACAUGAACCAUUAUAAGAAAACAACGCUAGAAAUUCAUAACACAGAGGAGCGGCAGAAACGCCAGGUGACUCACUUUCAAUUCCUGAGCUGGCCAGAUUAUGGUGUACCCUCCUCAGCAGCUUCCCUCAUUGACUUCUUGAGAGCAGUCAGGAGGCAGCAGAGGUUGGCCGUCAGCAGCAUGGGUGCACACGCCAAAGGGCAGAGCCCUGAACCACCCAUUGUGGUCCAUUGCAGUGCAGGCAUUGGCAGGACAGGUACCUUCUGCUCACUGGACAUCUGCCUGGCACAGUUGGAGGAGCUCGGUACCCUUAAUGUGUUCCAGACUGUGUCCCGCAUGAGGACCCAGAGGGCCUUCAGCAUUCAGACCCCUGAGCAGUACUAUUUUUGCUACAAGGCAAUCCUGGAGUUCGCAGAAACGGAGGGCAUGGUGCCAUCCAGCCACAACAUCCUGGCUAUGGAGAGUCAGUAACUGUCCCAUGAGCCGCCUCCUGCUGGCCAGCCUUCUUCCUUAAGCUCCCUGGACACCGCUGAGCCUAUGGGCUGCCAUCAGUUACACUGAAGCCAUGAAUGAACUUCUUUCUUGUGUCUCCUGGUGUACGCAGGGCGGCCUUUCCUUUUGGCUAGGUAGAUACGGUGAAAUGGUUACUAGAAAGGGCCAGCAGCAAUGUGUUCUUAAUUCCUAGCACCUGCCAUUGAACUGUGCCUUAUUAAAACCAAAUUGUGGCUAUUGAUUUUUGCUAGAGGCUCUAAGCAAGGUAAGUGAGAAAGGAACCUGCCCGCUCUCCUUUCCCAAUGCCUUCUCCUUCUGGAGAUCUCUUUCCCAUUCCUUCCCCAUUACUAGGAUUUGAUGGGGAGGUUUGGUGAGCAUCCACCUUCCUUCCCAGAAAGCUUGACCAAGUUAUAUGUUCUAGAGAAAGUCCCGAGUGCCAAGCACGUUUAUUCCUAGAGCGUGUAUUCGAAUCUCUUCUGUUCGCGUAUGUGUGCACGCACUUAUGUGUAUGGAUCCAUAUGUACGUGUGUAUAUAAAUAUAUAUUGUAUGUGACAAUAUGGUGGUAUUCUGUAAAUACAUAUACACACAGUUACUCCUUUAUAAAAGUUCCUGGGGCUCCAUGUUGCAGUUUAGGACUCGUUGCUUCUUGUGCCCUACUGUUUAUCUGGACUAGCUGGGGUUGGGGAUCAUGUCUCCUGUUGUCAGACCACAGAGUGGUGGAAGAGGACACAGGUAUAUCUACUCUUUGUGUUUUUGCCACAGGCCUUCAUCCUUACGUAAUGACUUAUCUCACUCCAGAAUGCUACCUUUUGGAGCCAAAAAUACUGGUUUGUGGGGACACUGGUUUAAUUCAGCUUAGAUUACCCUUACCUAAUGAUUUCCUCUGUUUACUUUGCUGAUUUUGGUACUAGACCUCCACUGUGAUUCUUUUUUCUGUCCCAGUCCCUCGGGGUUUGAAGCCUGGGAGUAGAGAUGAACUCACUAAGCAGCCAGAGCCAAAAACAAUUUCUUAGAAGGAGGGAGAAGGAUCCUAGGUAUGAGAAAGGAAACUACUAUGAGAAUCUGUCCCUGGGAGAAUGUGCUAGGGUCCCUUUUUCUUUUGCCAAAAGGUUCCUUUCCUUAUGCAGCUUGGUCCUAUCCACUCAAAUCACCAUUUCUUUCUGCUAGUAGCCUGCCAGACCCUGGAGCUCGAGCUGUGUGGGUUCUGUGACAGUAAAAACCUUAACUCCUGACUGGGCAUAGCAGUCCCCCUGCAAUUACUAUUUCCUUCCCAUUCACCCAACCUAUUCCUGUCUGCUCCCAGCCACCAGCCUGAUAUGCCAGGGAUGGAAUCGAGUCCCCAGUGCUCCAUAUUCCCAAGAAAAUCCCAGGAACCCCUAAAGCUUCCUCCAUCACAGAUGAGGUUGGUAGCUGAUCAGACCUCAAUAAUUUUAUACUGUAAUAAGCUCUUGAAUGUAUAUGUUCUUAUUUUACAAUCUUUUCCUUUUGUAUUUAAUGUCAAUGGAUUGAGUCAGAUUCAGAAAAUAAUUGUAAAUGUUCAUAUUCACUAUCUUAUACCAAUAGUUUUGUGUUUACAUAUAAAUAUACUGACAUGAUCAAACUCCUUUAGCUUCAUCAAUUUAGUAGCAGUGUUGGGUUGGGAAGGUAAGGAGAGGGUCCAAGAGCUGGUCUGGGAGGAUUAGAGAGGUAGGGAGGGACCCAAGGCCUCAAUAUCUGAGACUUUCAGGUCUGAAAGCCAUCUAUCUACCUUGCCUGUAGGCCAUGACCUUACCUCUGGAUCCAUACCAGUUGAGUGCUCUGGGUUGCCAAUCUCUAUGCUUGGUGCUUUUCUUCUUAUUACCUCAUUCAAACCUUACAACAAUCCAAUGAAAGAUUAUUCUCUCUUCAUUCUAUUUCUAAAUAGAUGAAGAAAGUGAGGUCCAGAAGGUUACAGUGAUUUGCUCUAGAACUAGAGCUGAAGUUGGUCUGCUUACAAAGCCUUUGGCCUCUUCACUGCAUUGCUUUCUCAAACAUACAGUGUUUUGUCUUUUGAAACUAGAUCUUUUUUGUAGUUCUCUUUUACAGCAUACACAUUGCUUAAAAUUCCAGGUAAUUGAUCUUGAGCUCAUGUUGCACGUAGUAAACUAGAAGGGUGACAGAGUUGGUGACUGAUUCUCCCAAAUAGGAUCUCCUUAUGUAGGGUUUUCAGAUCUGUAGAGUACUGAAAGGGUCAUUUUCCUAGGGACACUACACGCUUAUGGGCACACUCGUGUUUGUGGGAAGAUCUUGUGUCAUUUGCAUCUCUCUUAGAAUGGAACCAGAGCUUUAUCCAUGCAGGCCUAUUCCCAUUGCCAGAUAGCUACUCCCUAUUGACAGCCUACCAAAGUGGGACUGUUCUGGCCUAAAGUGUGUGCAAAUAUUGGAGUGUUUUUAAAAAUUAUAGCAGUUAACAUUUACUGGGUGCUUGACUUUCCAGGUGUUUAAAGUGCUUUCUAAGUAUUAUUUCAUUCACCCUCAAAAAAUUUAA